UCCCCCGGGCCAAGCGAAGAUGGCGGCGAUGACGGGCCAGGCGCCGCGUUAAGGCCCAUCACCAUACAGUGCAGCAUGAAUCUGGCUGAGGCAGUGUGGAUGUUGUGAUGGUAACCAGGACGCUGGCAUUCCCAACGUGGCUGGAUCAUAGGGAAUCACCCAGUCGCAAAGAGAAUCAGGUGGUGAAUGCUGUAACAAAAGGGGGAAUAGACCCCUCAUAUUAACAAUGGCCCUAGUUACCGUGAAGGAACUGCUGAGCUUUGAUUGUGGUUCGCUGGUAGCUUACCAAUUAGAUAAAAACUCUCAGCUGGACUCUAUCAGCUUCCAGACUGUCCUCAUGAGAAACAUAUUUGUGCAUUUUCCUGAUGUCAUAUUCAUCCACAGAACCCACAAUCCCAGGGGCAAAGCUCUGUAUAUGUUCAUGGUGGACAGACCUUUCCUGAAGCUGCAGGGUGAGAUGAUUAAGGUAAUUCAUUUUGCUGUCCCAUCUAAAGAAUCUGCAGAAAGCCUGGCUCACAUGUAUAGGACCUUCAAGGCCUUCAACCCUGAGUGGAAGAAAAUUAAGACCUUUCUGGUAGAUCCACACUUUCGAUUGUUGCAGACUCUUUCUGAAGCAUUCCCAUCUGCAGAGGUGCAGCUAUCUGUUUUCCAUGUAUGCAAGCACCUGCAGCAGAAGAUUCAUCAGAUGUCUUUGGAAUGCAUCUCGGAGAGACUGAUCUUAAAUGCCUUGAGGAACACUAUGUGUGCAGCCACUGAAAGCAACCUGAGAAUGAUGCACACAAUCCUGAGUGACUUUGUGAAACCAGACUUGCUUCCCCAGCUUCAUACUCACUGGCUUCUCAAUGACAAGAUAUGGGCUAUGCAUAGAUGGAGGAAUUGGAUGGAAUGCAAUCAGUAUUUUAAAGACUUGGAGAUCAUCACACGGGGCUUAAGCCAGGUCUUCUGCACUGGACUGUCUCUGGAGAUCUGCAUCACUUCUCUAGCGAAACACUACCAGAAGUGUGUUUCAAAGAGGCCCCCUGAUGCUGUGUUGUUCUCUGUUAACCCUCUUAGCAGUACCAUGUCUACUGAGACAGUUUUUCAGAGCCUGCCAGCUCAGGACUCGCCACCAACUUCUCACAACCCCCAAAUAGCUCUUCAGAAUCAACCAGCUCAGAGUUCUCCACCAGUUUCUCCCAGUCUCACAGCAGCUCAUCAGAAAUGGCCAGGUCAGGAUUCCCCUCCAAAUCCCCUGGUGGUUCUUCCGCAUCCCCUGCCAGCUCCUCCAAGCCCCCUGCUUCUUCAGAAUCAGCUGGCAGCCCCUCAGACCUUCCCUUCUCAGAACCAGCCAGCUCAGUAUUCUUCACCAGUUUCUCUCAAUCUCACAGCAGCUCAUCAGAAAUGGCCAGGUCAGAAUUCCCCUCCAAAUCCCCUGGUUCUUCAGAAUCCCUUGCCCGCCCCUCAGAGUCCUCUGCUUCCUCAGAACCAGUUAGCAAACCCUCAGAGCCCCUUGGAUCCUUUAUCCCAUGACAUUAAACUGGAGAUCAUCACUGAAGACCCAAAGGGUGACCAAGAUGUGGAGUGUAACCAAGAGACUGAAGACUGCAUCAGGCAGUCACUGAGAGACAUUUGCACAGAGCCUGCAGCCAGACUAUGCUUGAACGAGUUUGCAGUGGCACAGAAGUCUGUGCAGCUAAUAGGCACCAAUGAAGACAUAGUCAAUAUACAGAUCCUCGAAGACACCCACAAAGUGAACCAAAGGGGCCUGAAAAGCUGCACUUGCCACUUCAGUCAAGCUUUCCAGCUGCCCUGCAGGCACAUCCUGGCUGUGUUGAACUCUGAUAAGAAGAUCUUACAGCCGGAGAUGCUGAGUGAGCAAUGGCAGAAGGAACCUAAUAUCUCUCAGGCAGGGCAAAAUGGCGCGGAUGGCCUCUUGGAGGUUCUGAAAAGCUCCUGGAAUGAGUCCCUGGAUAAAUCCUUAGCAGUGUCCUUUCUUACAGCGGAGAUUAGCCGGCUUCUUACCCAGUGCAGCAGUGAGGAGUUUGAUCGGAGAUACAACACCCUCCGAGAAUUGGCCGAUAGCUGGAUUGGACCUUAUGUUCAGGUGAAGCUGUAGUUCAGAACUGAGAGCUCCGUGCCUCUGCUCUCAGCCUCUUCGAGGUGUGACUCUCCUGCUUUCUGGGCCUCUGGGAGAAGUGAGGUGUGAAAUACUAUAAAAAUGUCUGUUUAAAUGUAAUUACUCCAGUGGUAUGUCUUCCACUUUAUUCUCCUUAGAAACUGUAUAAAUGU